AUGACAGAAAAAGAUGACUCAGUGCAGAAAUCAGGGAAAUACUUCGAAAGCGAUGCUGGAGAUGGAACUAAAGCGACAGAUCAGCAUAUUCAUGGCAUUAAACUAGUACUCACAUUAACUAGUUCUAUAUUCAGUUUGUUCAUUGUUGCUUUAGAUCAAACAAUCGUUUCUACGUUGUUAAAGGAAGUUGGUGAUGAAUUUAAAGAGUUUCUGAAAGUGAAUUGGUUGAAUACUGGAUUCAUGUUGCCAAUGGCAACAUUAGCACCAUCUUAUGGUAAGGUCUCCAUUGCAUUUGGUAGAAAAUAUAGUGUCUGGGUAGGUAUAGUGAUAUUUGAAAUUGGUUCAUUGGUAUCAGCACUUGCAAAAAGCAUGAAUAUGCUAAUUGGAGGAAGAGUUGUUCAAGGAGCUGGUGGAAGUCUUGUACAAUCUAUGGUAUUGGUCAUUGUGACUGAGUCUAUUCCGAUGUCUAAGCGACCACUUGCUUUUGCAUUGUUUGGUAUAACUUGGUCAGUGGCAAGUGUUUUGGGUCCAUUCAUUGGUGGUGCAUUUACAUCUCAUGUCACAUGGAGAUGGUGUUUUUAUAUUAAUUUGCCCAUUGGAGGACUUGCCUUCUUAAUGAUACUUUUUAGCUUUAAUCCUCCAAAGCCAGCUGGAAAUUUUAAAGAGAAACUAUCUAAAAUAGAUUAUAUUGGAACAUUUUUAAUUACGUCAGGUUUAGUCUUGAUCCUUUUGGCCCUUUCAUUUGGAGGCUUGGAUUUCCCUUGGAAGUCAGCUGCGGUCAUUUGCUGUUUCGUCAUAGGUGGUCUCCUUGUACUAUUAUUCGGGUAUUAUAACUUCAGAAUUUCAAAAAACCCGAUUAUUAUCAAAGAGAUCAUUACAAUACCUAAGAUUUUUGCAUCUUGCAUGAGUGCUACUUUCAACUUUGCAUUUUUCAUGUCAAUUAUAACUUACUUAGCCAUUUACUUUCAAGUUAUCUUUAAUGCAUCUGCCUGGCAAUCGGGUGUGGAUUUGCUUCCAUUUGUUAUCACCGUUUCUGUUUCAUCGGCUCUUAAUGGUGCAUUCAUGAGAUUCACAAGAUAUGUCAAGAUAACUAUGAUGAUAUCUGCUAUAUUUGGUCCGUUAGGAACUGGCCUACUACUUUUACUUCGUAAGGAUUCUCCUGCGAAAGACCGUAUUGGAUUGUUGAUUCCGAUUGGAAUCUCUGUAGGUUUACAGUUUCAAAGUUCAUUAUUGGCUGCUCAAUUAGAAGCUCCGGCUCAUAUUGAGGGCUCUAUCAUAUUAGUUACAACAUUUUUGAAUUUCGCAAAAUCUACUGGGGCAACUAUUUCACUUGCAAUAUCUCAAUUAUUAUUGCAAAACACAGGCACAGCUUACAUUAAAUCUAGCAUCAAGAAGCUUUCUAGAGAAUCUGAAGAGUACAAAAUAUUGCAUAGUAUUUCUCCCAAAACUUUGCUCCAGACUCCAAGUUUAAUUCACGAACUUCCUGAAGCAGCUAAAAACAUUGUUAUUGAUGAUUUUAUGAGGGCGCUCAAAGAUGUGUUUUACUUUGCAUUGGCUUGUUCUUUUGUUGCAUUCGUGGCUUCCGUCUUCACCACUAAUAAAAGAAUUCCGAAACAUAAAGAUGUUAAGACUUCUAAAGACGAGAAAGAAAAAAGUAGUGAUGAAGAAGCUACUGGAGAAGAUGACAGUAAGCUUUUCUCCAGAAUUACCGAAAAUGGAAGCGACGAAGUUAGAAAAUAA